CUGUUGCUGUUUGCAGCCUUUGGUAGCCGAUAAGUAACGCGUUAAUCUAUUGUAAAAAAAGGGAAAGGGUAGGGGAAAUUGCGGAGAGAGAGAGAGAGAGAGAGAGAGGAAAUAUGAAAGAAAGUAGAUCGAGAGAUAGGAUGAAGCAAAAAUACGACAGUAAAUUCAUAACGAUAGAUUUGAGGAGAUUCGUGAGCUCUUCAUUUUUGCAUAUCAACAGCGCAGGAUGCGUUACAUAUUUCUUCUUUCAAUAAAUGCUGCUUUUGCUUUGACAACUAAUGAUGAUUCAAGGCCCAAAAAUCAUCGAUUUUUCGACAACGAUCAAUUACCAUUGACUAUUAAGAAACCUUCGAAGUCUACAGUAGAGAAGUCCUCGUAUGGACUAGAAAGAGACAAACUGAAUGAUGACGAUCUGGAGAAUAAAACUGAGGAAUACGCAAAGCCAUGGGACAAGUUUAAAAAAACGGAUAGAGUACAAUUUCAAAUAGAGGGUCAUGAAGGGCCCCAAACUUAUAUUUUUGGAUUCGACACUGGACGCGGGAGAAGUAGACAAUUUAGAUUAGAAGAGAGACAUUCUGAUGGUACUGUAAAAGGACAAUAUGGAUAUUAUGAUGCAGCAGGCAAAUUGAGAACAGUUCAAUAUGUUGCUAGACCUAUCGACGGAUACACAGAAAGACAUCACGAAAGUAACGUGAGAACACUAAAAAAUUAACGGGGCACGCUUAAGUCGAAUCUGAUACAAGAAACAUUUCAUGUAUUACAUAUAAUGGGAAAAGAAACACUGGGAUUAAAUUAUUUAUUCAACAAUAACAACAGCUAUACAAGAAUAAUAAAAACAAAAGGUACAGACAUGUUUGAUUGUACAUCUGAAUACAAUAGUAAGAAACAAA